AUGGCAAGUCAAGAAUUUAGUAAUCCUCUAAGAAAGUUUAAACUAGUCUUCUUGGGAGAGCAAAGUGUUGGCAAAACAUCGCUCAUUACCAGGUUUAUGUAUGAUACUUUUGACAAUACAUAUCAAGCGACAAUUGGCAUAGAUUUUUUGAGUAAAACGAUGUAUUUAGAAGACAGAACAGUUCGUCUUCAGUUAUGGGAUACCGCAGGUCAGGAACGGUUCCGAAGUUUGAUCCCAAGUUACAUUAGGGAUUCUUCUGUAGCAGUCGUAGUCUAUGAUAUUACAAAUAGAGCAUCCUUUCAAAAUACUUCAAAGUGGAUUGAUGAUGUACGAGCCGAACGUGGAUCCGAGGUCAUUAUUGUUUUGGUAGGAAACAAGACAGAUCUGAGUGAUAAAAGAGAGGUGACUUUUGAGGAAGGAGAAAAAAAAGCAUCCGACUGUGGAAUAUUAUUUAUUGAGACAAGUGCCAAAGCAGGCCAUAACGUAAAGGCCCUAUUUAAGCGUAUUGCUCAAGCGCUUCCUGGUAUGGAUAAUAAUCAUGGACUGGACGAAAAGGAUCAACUGCAAAAAGUCGAUCUUAAUACAACUGAACAGACAGAGUCAUCUGGCUGUGCUUGUUAA